AUGAGGUCGUCCUUGCUCCUCUCUUUUCUGUUCUCCUGGGGAACCACAGCCCAGAUACUUGCCACUCCCCAAUCAACGAAAUUCAACUCUUCCUUCGCGCUUUCACAGUCUAUUGUGCGACAGACCAACUUCACCAACGAAGAUGCUUUAAAUUUGAACAACAUUAUAAACUAUGAGAAGUCGCAAUACGCCGGUGGUCCGACAAAUGAGGAUGAAUUUUAUACCUUGCCCGCCGAGUUUCCGGACACUCGACACUUGAGACCAGGGGCUGUUAUAAAGGUCGAAGAUUUCACAGACAUUGCAAACUAUACACUAUCACCCAACUUGGCUCUGUCGCGUUUCCUUUAUACCACAAAAAAUCUCAACGGCACCUCCAUACCCGCGUCUGCGUUCAUUCUCUGGCCCUUUUCUCCCAGGUCGUUCCCGACCCUCAACCCCCCUAAUGCAGCACCGGUUGUCAUCUGGAAUCAUAUGACAUCGGGGUUCUUUGGGCCCGCGGCACCAAGCAAACAUCGAAGUUUGUGGGCGGGUGACAGUGCCCCAUUUGCCCUUGCGCUCGAUGGAUAUGCAGUUGUUGCACCUGAUUAUGCCGGACUCGGCGUGACGCGCGACUUUCAGGGAAAUUUUAUCCCUCAUCAAUACAUUGCCUUACCAGCGUCAGCUAAUGAUGCGAUAUAUGCCUUCAAGGCUGCCAGAAGUAUAUACUCGGACAAACUCAGCGAUACAUUCGUCGUCAUGGGCCAGUCUCAGGGUGGUGGAGUAGCAUGGGCGACAUCGGAACUCCUGGGCAAUAACGCAAGCUUAGCAGCAGGCCAUUUGGGAACAGUGGCAGUUAGCCCAACAACCAGUGUUUUCAAUGCAUCUGACACAUACAUUGGUCCAUUCAUUGGUGUUGGGAUUGCUUCUGUAUUCCCAACGUUUCAGCUUGAAGAUUGGCUUACGCCGUUUGGCGUGAAUAGAACCAAGGCCUUCGAGACAGUUCAAGGCGGUUUAGCUUCGGCAUUCGGUUUCUUCACAGGAAACAUCGCGAAGCCCAAUUUGGCGAAGACAUGGUACGCCAAGGCAUAUGCUAAACUUGUCAACAUGGGAAACAAACGGAUCACAAAGCCCAUGUUGGUUAUCCAGGGCACUGCUGAUGCAUUUGUGGCUUAUAACGUGACAUCACAGACAGUUGCAGAGGCCUGUUGGAAUUUCCCAACAAGCAAAAUUAGUUACCUUGUCUCUAAUGGUACGGGUCACGUUCCCACACUGGACGCAUCAAGGCGUAUUUGGCUACGUUGGAUCGAGGAGCGGUUUCUGGGAACAGAUCUUCCGCCGACUGAAUGUGGUCACCAACAGAUAUUGAACAGUUACUUACCCAUUGGGCAAUAUCAGGCAACAUGGAACUCCUUUCCGCAGUGGGCAGGGGAUGCGCAGUAUUCCUACGAAGUGCCUUUACAACUAUAA